CCGGCUCGGCGCAUGCGCAUUGCUGCUGAUCGGGAGUUCUGGCGCACCUGGCAACCUCCGCGGCUCCUCCAGAAACUGCUGCCCGCCUUAGAAGCGUCGAUCCCCGCAGGCGGAUGGGGAGCGCGCCGCUGCUCCGGCCGCUCCAGUAGAGUCGCGUGUGCGUCAGAAACAGUGGCGGAGAAUCGAGCGCGUGAAGGCGGACUCCGCAGAUCCACAAUGGCGGCUCCCAGCAGUGACUCUGGCUCUCCGUGCGGCGGCGGCGGAGCUGCGGGACCAGCGGGAUUCUCACCGCGGCUCGGCUCCAUCGGUUCCCAGGAUUCAAACUCCUGCUGGCGCUGUCAGAAUGAAACAGGAUUUCAGAUCAAUCUGUCUGGAGUAACCCAAAUCAAACGCAAAGCGCUGAAGCUAAACUUUGCCAAUCCGCCAGUGAAGCCGACGACACGUCUGCCCAUCACCAACACUGCACCGGCCUUCCAGAACCCACACAUAGAGCGGUUGCGGACACACAGCAUCGAGUCUUCAGGGAAACUGAAGAUUUCUCCAGAACAGCAUUGUGAUUUCACGGCCGAGGACCUCAAAGACCUGGGAGAGAUCGGGAGAGGAGCUUAUGGAUCCGUCAACAACAUGGUGCACAAACCCAGCGGGCAGAUCAUGGCUGUCAAGAGGAUUCGCUCCACGGUGGAUGAGAAGGAGCAGAAGCAGCUGCUGAUGGAUCUGGAUGUGGUGAUGAGGAGCUCCGACUGCCCCUAUAUCGUACAGUUCUACGGCGCUCUCUUCAGAGAGGGCGACUGCUGGAUCUGUAUGGAGCUCAUGGCUACCUCCCUCGACAAAUUCUACAAAUAUGUAUAUUGUGCGUUAGAUGAUGUCAUUCCAGAGGAAAUAUUAGGCAAAAUUACAUUAGCAACUGUGAAAGCACUGAAUCACUUGAAGGAAAACUUGAAAAUAAUCCACAGAGACAUCAAGCCCUCCAAUAUUCUCCUGGACCGAAACGGCAACAUUAAGCUGUGUGAUUUCGGCAUCAGCGGGCAGCUGGUGGACUCUAUCGCCAAGACCAGAGACGCCGGCUGCAGACCCUACAUGGCUCCUGAACGCAUCGACCCCAGCGCCUCCAGACAGGGCUACGACGUGCGCUCAGACGUCUGGAGUUUGGGAAUCACACUGUAUGAGCUAGCCACGGGCCGUUUCCCGUACCCGCGCUGGAACAGUGUGUUCGAUCAGCUGACGCAGGUGGUGAAGGGGGAGCCGCCGCAGCUCUGCAGCUCUGAGGACCGACAGUUCUCACACAAGUUCAUCCAGUUCGUCAACCUAUGCCUUACGAAGGACGAGUCAAAGAGGCCAAAGUACAGAGAGCUGCUGAAGCAUCCGUUUAUCCUGAUGUAUGAGGAGCGCCUGGUGGACGUGGCCCGUUAUGUGUGCCGGAUCCUGGACCAGAUGCCGGCGUCCCCCGGCUCUCCCAUGUAUGUGGACUGAUGGAGAACGGCAUUCUGGGUAACGGAGUCCUGUGGCGUUCACGCAUCACUGCCCGCUGACCUGAGAGUGUGGAGAUCCAGAGCAGACCUUCAGCGCAGGGUCUGACACACAGGAGCGCUGGUCACACACACACACACACACACACACACACACACAUGACUGUUCGAGGAAGAAACGCUUGCCUUUCAGUCCCAGAACAUUCGUGCAAUAAGAAUCGACUCUCAUUUCAAAGCCAUUUUCAGGAGUGUGUGUAAACCAGCUCACACUCACACUAUCUCUCUUCAUCUGUGUGUGUGUGUGAGUGAGAGAGUGAGAGAGAGCGUUUGUGUAUGAACAUGUUUGAGUGUGACUGUUUGUGUGUGAGAGUGAGCAUGUGUUUGUUUGUGUGUGGAGAUGUGUUUUUAAGUGUGUGUGUGUGUGUGUGUGUGUGUGUGUGCGUGUGUGCGUGUGUGUGUGUGUGGAGAUGUGUUUUUUAAGUGUGUGUGUGUGUGUGUGUGUGUGUGCGUGUGUGCGUGUGUGUGUGUGUGUGUGUGUGUGAGUACAGCAUCAGAUCUCUUUAUUUAAUAAAAUCCAUAUGCAAAUCUGUGUGUUGUGCAGAAUGGAGUGUGUUUUAGCAGCUUUAUAUGCAAAUCCGCCUGCUGUCCUGAACAUUAAUAAGUGUGUGUGUGUGUGUGUGUGUGUGUGUGUGUGUGUGUGUGUGUGUGUGUGUGUGUGUGUGUGUGUGUGUUUCCGUGCACAGAUCGUCAUCUUCAGCAUGUGUUCAUCCCAGAGCUCACGAUGGUAAAGAUGUACAGCAGCGCUUGUCAAAUGUUGAUUGUAUAAUAAUGAUGAUAAUAAUGCACCAGAUAGUGUUCAGAGGAAUAAUAAAGUGCACCACAGCGUAGAAUAAGGUGUGUGUGUGUCUGUGUGCUUGCGAUUGUGUGUGUGUGUGUGUGUGUGUUCGUAUCCAGAGUGGGGACAUAUGUACAGAGAAAUGAUCACUGUGAACUAUUUUAUGCGUAUGGUGGGAAGAGUGAUGUGUAAAAACUGUAAGAAGGAACUGUGCAGGGAUAAAGCCGCGUGUGUGCGUUAGUGUGUGUGUGUGUGUGUGUGUGCGUGUGUGUGUGUGCGUGUUCAUGUCUGCAUAUAUGAAGCGCUUGAUCAUGAAUAUGAUCAGCCUGCGGGUCGGAUGUUAUUCUUGUCAUUCUGCUCUGUUGGAUCUGAACUCAUGAUGUACUCAAUGCUAGAAUAAACCAAUACUCAGCC